AUUACACAAACACUCACACACUACCAACACUCGCACACACUCCUCUGAGAGCUUAAGCCCUGGACGGGCUUAUUUUCACCACAGAAAGAACCGGAGAAGAAAAAGUGCACAAAAAGACAAGCAUUUUAUAACUUCAGAAAAUAUUUUGACUUUCUUUUUUUGGAGUCCUAUUCAAGGAGAGCGUCUGAGUUAGCGAGCUUGAAUGGGUUGUCAUGGUGAUUGACACUAGCAGGCUGACCCUAGAAGAAGACUGGAUGUUGAAUGGACAGAGAGCUGCAGUGGCCAGCCAGCGAAAGUAACGGAGUUAUCGGAGAAGGGGAAGAAGGGAGGAAGAGAAUGGAGGACGGCUUCUCCAGCUACAGCAGUCUCUAUGACACCUCUUCACUGCUGCAGUUCUGCAACGAUGACAGUUCCUCGGCGGCGAGCAGUAUGGAGGUGACAGACCGGAUCGCCUCUCUGGAGCAGCGGGUUCAGAUGCAGGAGGAUGAGAUUCAGCUGCUCAAGUCGGCGCUGGCUGACGUGGUGAGGAGACUGAACAUCUCAGAGGAGCAGCAGGCCAUGCUCAACAGGAAAGGACCAACCAAAGAAGCAGCAGUGAGGAGAGACUCUCCCUCCUCUGACAGCAGUGUUGGGAAACCAGCUAGACCGAUGAUUGCAGCCCUGCCCCUGAGACCCACGGUCAAUAACGGUACUGUCCUGCCUAAGAAGGGCGGCAUACUGCCAUCCCCCUCCAGCUUCAAGAAGGACAACAGCUCACCAGCAACCAAAAGCACUGUGAAAAGAACAAGUUCAUCUGAGCAAGUUGGCCCCAACAACAGGAAAGACAGUGGUGUGGACUCCAAAAGCAAUCGCACACGCGCUGGUUCCACAGGGAGCAACUCCAGUGGCAAGAAAGCCACAGAGAACAAACAGAGGGAGCCUGUUUUCAGCGCAGGGAUGCGACGUGUGACGCACUGCAAAGAUGAAGGGUAUGUCAAAAUGUAUUUGAAGGGACGACCCAUCACCAUGUACAUGCCCAAAGACCUGGUGGACACAUACUGCCUGGAAGCAAAGGCUGACUUACCUCCUAAAAAACUGAAGCUAGACUGGGUCUAUGGUUACCGGGGCCGUGACUGUCGAUCCAACCUGUAUUUGCUCCCGACAGGGGAAACGGUUUACUUCAUUGCAUCUGUGGUUGUGCUGUAUAAUGUGGAUGAGCAACUACAAAGACACUACACUGGACAUACUGAUGAUAUCAAGUGCCUCGCUGUCCAUCCUGAUAAAAUCACCAUAGCAACAGGACAAGUGGCUGGCACAUCCUCAGAUGGAAAACUUUUGGCUCCUCAUGUGCGAGUGUGGGACUCUGUGAGUUUGAACACGUUGCACAUCCUUGGAACCGGUUUCUUUGAUCGAGCUCUGGUUUGCCUUUCCUUCUCAAAGUCGAACGGAGGAAGCUGGUUGUGUGUUGUGGACGACUCCAAUGACCACAUUCUCUCUGUGUGGGACUGGCAGAGGGAGGAAAGACUUGCUGAAGUCAAGUGCUCCAAUGAGUCAGUCUUUGUUGCUGAUUUCCACCCGACAGAUGCUAAUAUAAUGGUUAGCUGUGGAAAGUCACACCUUUACUUCUGGUCAUUAGAAAAGGGAACUCUUGUGAAAAAACAGGGUCUUUUUGAGAAACAAGAGAAGCCCAAGUUUGUAUUGUGUGUGACUUUUUCAGAAAAUGGCGAAGCCAUCACUGGAGACUCGAGUGGAAAUAUACUUGUGUGGGGCAAAGGAUCUAAUCGUAUUAGCUUAGCCAUUCAGGGAGCACAUGAGGCAAGCGUCUUUGCACUUUGCAUGUUGAGAAAUGGGACGCUGGUCUCCGGCGGGAAGGAUCGUAAACUCAUCUCCUGGGACGAAAAUUAUCAUAAGAUUCAAACGGUGGAGGUGCCUGAGUUAUAUGGCCCUAUUCGGACUGUGGCUGAAGGACGGGGAGAAACGGUUCUCAUUGGCACUACCAAAAACUAUGUCCUGCAAGGCAAUCUGGAUGGGGAGUUCAUACCCAUCACCCAGAGCCACACAGAUGAGUUAUGGGGCCUGACUGUACAUCCGCUGAAGCAUCAGUUCCUCACCUGUGGCCAUGACAAGCACGUCUGCCUGUGGGACUCUGCCUCUCAUCAGCCCAUCUGGACCAAAACAUUGGAGGACGCCGCGCAGUCAGCCGGCUUCCACCCUUCUGGAGCGACAGUUGCUAUAGGAACGCAGACGGGCAGGUGGCUUGUGCUCGAUACCGAAUCGAAGGAUCUUGUCACGGUGCACACGGACGGGAACGAACAGCUGUCGGUUAUGCGCUUUUCUCCAGAUGGUCAUUUCCUUGUGAUCGGGUCACAUGACAACUACAUCUACAUUUAUGCUGUGGCAGAAAAUGGAAAGAAAUACAGUAGAGUUGGAAAGUGCUCAGGUCAUUCUAGUUUCAUCACCCAUCUGGAUUGGUCUGUGGAUUCUCAGUACUUGGUAUCCAACUCAGGGGACUAUGAGAUCCUUUACUGGAUUCCUUCUGUGUGCAAGCAAGUAGUGAGUGUGGAGACCACCCGGGAUAUUGAAUGGGCCUCUUUCACCUGUACUCUGGGCUUCCAUGUUUUUGGACUGUGGCCAGAUGGCUCAGAUGGUACUGAUAUCAAUGCUGUGUGCAGUUCAAAUGCAAAGAGGCUGCUCGUCACCGGAGACGACUUUGGCAAAGUUCACCUCUUCUCAUUCCCUUGCUCUCAGUCCCGAGCUCCUAGUCACAUCUACUGUGGACACAGCAGCCACGUCACCAAUGUUAACUUCUUACAUGAUGACAGCCACCUUCAGAAAGACACGCCUAGAAAUGGAUCCCCAGAAUACUUUCUGAGCAGUCAGCUCAUAGAAUUUGGCACACAGCCAGUGAAAGCUCGAGCUGAGGUCUUUUAUGAGUGA